CACAGACUCACAGGUGCGCUUGGUUCUAAGCUGGAAGCUUUAUUUUCCCUCGUGCACGGCUCACCCUCCGGUAGUCGACGGUCCCUGUCAUCGGAGGAGGAAGGGAACCGAGCAGGUUGCUAAGAAGCCAAAGUUAAACUUGGGUAAUUACUUUCUGUGUCAUUCUUGACUCAAAACUCUAUCAUGAGCUGGCUUCGUGCCCUCUUCUUCUGUUUCUCUUUGCUUACCAUCCUUGCAGUCUUUGAUUUUGGACUUCAAUGGAGCAAAACAGGCUGGGUUUUGCAUAAAGCUCAUGGAGAUAGAAAUGUAACUACGAAUAUGAUACUGCAGAAGACAUAUUUAAGCCAUAGAAAAAUUCUGGCACACGGAGGCUGUACAAACAAGGAUAUAAGCAUUUCGCAGAGCACAUAUUCCACGACUGGGAUUCCACAAUAUGUAGUUGAGAUAGUGAACACCUGCUUUUCUGGUUGUGCCCCAUCCAACAUCCACCUCCACUGUGACUGGUUUGCCUCUGCCAGAAUAGUGAACCCAAAUACUUUUAAGAGGCUGUCUUACGAUGACUGCCUGGUUAAUGAAGGAAAGCCUUUGAAGGCCAGCCAGAUGAUCCAGUUCACCUACUCAAACACAUUUAUGUACCCUAUGGCCUUCAAGUCUGCCAAAUUUUGCUGAAUACAUGGUUAGUAUUACUCCAUGCUUGAAUUGAAUCACUGUGGGUGGGUGGUGUUCGGAGUUAAACCAAGAAUUUGGGUUUUAAAAGUUGCAAAAUAUACACAACUUCAUUUUUGACCUUUUGGUGUUUAGCCCUGUGACUUUGAGGCUAUUAUCUGUCAAAGCCACAAUAAAAGAAAAAGCACCUUCAGUCUUCAGAGGCAGAGGAACACUUCCCAAAGGCCCUUUUUACAAACCUAGCUUCAAAAGUUUAUCUGGAUGCAUGCUACCUUUUUGCUGAUGUAUCUACCUGUGAAUGCCUUAUAGCUUAAGUGGACUUCCUAUAUCUCUGGAUUAAUAUGGAAUUUUGGGGUCAAAAUAUGUUAUAUAGAGUACUUGCUACAUGGUGCAAUGUCG